UUGUUGUCGUGUCUGCGAGAAGUGAUCGCCAAUCAAAUCCAUUACUCGGACACCCAAUUGGAGACAGAUUAUGAUCUAGAUGUGUGGUCAACGAUCGCCACAUCACUGGCCAAGUGGUCGGACACGAAGAAAGCGAAGUGGCGUAAACUGAAUCAGGAGAGGGCGGCCGCGAAGAACCGGACCACUCAUCGACGGCAUCGGCGGCGUCGCGACGAAGAGAUGGUUUGCUACAAGAGUUUUGGCUGUUUCCGAGACGAGGGACCCUUUGACUACUUGGACACUCUGCCGGCCUCUCCCGAGUCCAUCGCCACCACAUUCACGCUCUACACCCGCAAGAACUCAGUCGACGGCGAGAAACUAGACUACGAAAACAGCACUACUGUACUCAAGAGUAACUUUAACUCUUCAAAUCCCAUUAAGAUUAUUAUACACGGCUUUGGCUCCAGUGGUCGGCGCCCAUGGGUUUUGCAAAUGACCGAAGCGUUUCUUUUUAUGGAGGAUAUGAAUUUAAUCGUGGUCGAUUGGGAGAAUGGCGCACAGUUACCUAAUUAUGUGCAGGCUGCGGCCAACACUCAGCUGAUUGGCAAACAGAUAGCACUACUCAUACGUAUGAUUAACUUCAACAAAGGUCUGGCGCCCGAAGACUAUCAUCUCAUAGGGUUCUCGUUGGGCGCACACGUGGCCGGAUUUACCGGCAUGGAAAUUAGCAAUAUUAGCCGCAUCACU